UUACGACACCAGAAAUCUUCGUUACCAAAAGGUUGAAAAAGUUGAGACGAAUGGCGACUCUGGAUUCCGACGUGACGAUGGUUCCGGCCGGCGAGCCUUCCAGCAGCGCCGGUCCUUCUUCCAAGAAGCCGAAGCGAUUCGAGAUCAAGAAGUGGAAUGCCGUUGCUCUCUGGGCUUGGGACAUCGUUGUCGAUAACUGCGCCAUCUGCCGGAACCAUAUCAUGGAUCUCUGUAUUGAGUGCCAGGCCAACCAGGCUAGCGCCACCAGCGAGGAAUGCACCGUGGCUUGGGGAGUUUGUAACCAUGCUUUUCAUUUCCAUUGCAUAAGCCGAUGGCUCAAGACUCGUCAAGUAUGCCCUUUAGAUAAUAGCGAGUGGGAGUUUCAGAAAUACGGUCACUAGAUCAUUGAUGCGGCUGUGCUGGUUCCUACUUGGAGAAAUUUGGACUGUCAUUUCUGUCUAAUACUUAUAGAUCUACGUUAAUGUCUUUUGUUUGCCUAUUGUCGAUCACAUCAUUAUUCUAAAAUACUAAUGUGGCAAUAUAUCAUCGGACGUUUCUUCUGCCUUUAAGGCUUUUGAGGAUGAUGAUGUAGGUUUCGUCUUUUGCACACUUAGUGCAAUGGAAUGGACUUUUGUUUUCUUCUUGCUUCACUCAAUGACACAUGCUUUAUGGAAAUAUAUUAUCCCAUAAUGUACUGCAAAAAUAUUUACGAAUAGGAUAUAAUAACAAUCCUAUGCCUUCGUUAUA